UCUACACAUUACGGACAAGUAAGAAGAAAAAUUUAUCAUGAAUGUAUUACAUCAUGGUGGAUGUCACUGUGGAAAAAUAAAGUAUCAAGUUGUUGCUUCAAGCAUUUUGGAAUGUGUAAAUUGCAAUUGUUCUGUCUGUUAUAAAAAGCAGAAUAUUCAUUUCAUUGUUCCAAAAGAUAAUUUUAAGUUACUUCAGGGCAAGGAUGACAUAACAACUUAUACCUUUAAUACACAUCAAGCGAAACAUACGUUUUGUAAGGUAUGUGGUGUUCAGAGUUUUUACUUUCCAAGAUCUAAUCCAGAUGGAGUUGGUGUAAUGCCACAUUGUCUUGAUCAGGAUACAGUUAAAGAAAUAAAGAUCUUAGAUUUCGAUGGACAAAAUUGGGAAAAAACAAUGCAAUCUGCAAAGGGAGAAGAAUUAAAAAAAAAGUCAAAAAUGUAGAACUUAGGACAAAUGUUUUAUGCAACUACAGCCAUGUGAAUCGACAAACCAUGACAACAUCGAUUUUAUUUGAAUCCUUGCUGUUGUCGUAUAUAUAAUGAAUAUAUAAUAAAUACUUGAUUUUGUUUUACAUAUUUUGUUAUAAAUUUUUAAGAAAAUGCUGUAAAAUGACAAUUACAUGGCUACACAAGGAAUGCAAGUCAUCCAUCAUAACUCGUUCUAGAAAUCUAGAACAUGCCCCUAGAAAUGUUAGACAUGCAUUUUAAACUAUUACCUUAUUUUCAAAUGAAAAUUUGAUUGUCUGUAACAACUCAUUUAUUUGAAAAACUAGAAAAAGUCUUAAUGGCAUUUUAUUUUGACGUUGUCAGUGCAAAAUAAAAUUCAGAAUCAAUUCCUUCGCCUGAUGUGAUGGUCUAAUUGAUCAAGGUCUUAUACAUAUGUCAUAUAUGUAUAAGACCUUGAUCUGUUAUAUUUUUAGGUAUAUUUUUAAUCCAAAAGAUUUUUUUGUCUAUUUAUGUAAAAAAUGUAAUUCAAUAACCAAUAAAUAAUAUGUUGAGAUCUUC